UUGAAACGUUAUUAAAUUAUUUUUCUAUUUUAAAUAAAUAUUUUAAAUAAAUUAAAAUAUUUUUUUUAUUAUUUUAGUUUUAUUUUUUGCUAAAAUUUUUAUUAUGGCUAAUAUAUUUAACUUAUUUGGUGAAAUAUCAGAAUUUCAUAAAGGUUCAACUACAAAACCUUUAGCAAGAUCAAAAACAUGUCUUGGUAUAAAUGGUUCUUUAAAGAAUAUUAAUCAAUCAAAACCAAAAGGAUUAUCAAUUAGAUCUAGUUCUGAUUUAAAUGUACCUGAAACUAUGCAAGCUACUUUCAACAAACAACAAGAAUUGUUAAAACCAAAACUAACACAAUUAAAUAAUGAUGGCCAACUAAUAUCACCUAGGAAAAAUAUUUUAUCAGAAAAACUAAAUGCAUUUUCUAUAAAAAGAAAAGAUAUAUCUCCAAAAAAAGAACAUGUAAAAUCACCUUUAUCAUAUAAUGAAAAUAAUUUUAAAAAGCCAUUACUUUUAAAAAAUUAUGUUAAAAAAUUAUAUCCUGAACCAGAAAAUCUAGCACCAUAUUGUGAUAUGCAAUUUGAAUUUGAUGAUAUUUAUACUAAAGAUAUAGAAAAUGAAUUUAAAGAAUUACUUAAAAAAAAGGAAAAUAAAAUAGUACCUUAUGAAGAUGAAUUUGAAUUAGAUCAAGGGCAAAUUAAAUUUGAAAUACCAAAAUUAUGUAUAUCACCUAUAUUUGAUGAAGAGUGGAUACAAUAUAAGAUUCCUGAUUUACCAGAAAUAUCUAAUGAAUUUUAAAUAUAAAAUAUAACAAAUUUUAAAUAUAAAAAUGUUCAUUUAGCUUUAAAUUUUUUUUUAUCAAUAAUUUAUUAAUAUAAAAUAAUUUAGAACAA